UACCAUUGGCUUACUCUUUGUAUGGCGAGCAUCGCUGGGCUCCGCCCUUGCUGGAGUGAUAAUCACAGUACCCAGUUGAGGCAUUUUUCCAAAGAGCACGGUAUCCUUACUGCCCAGGUUUCUAGCAGACGAAAGAAAUUGAGAUUGAGAUGCAAGGCAUCCUCGCAGUCCUCACAACAGCAAUCUAGUCUUCUCAGCUUCCUUUGUCCGCUACUCAAGCUCAUUGGGAGUGGCGAUCCAUCGGCACCACGGAAUGGUUUGCUCGAGUCUGCGACGUCCGGAAUUGCAAGCUUGGCAAGGCUGCCUUGGGGAAAGAACGUCAACACGCAGAUUGUAUCUUCACGGACGAAGCAACCACUUGAGCUCUUCAAGCUCUACGAAUUCGAGGCCUGUCCCUUCUGUAGACGAGUGAGAGAAGCAUUGACAGAGCUCGAUCUUUCUGCCGAGGUGUAUCCGUGCCCAAAAGGAUCUCGAGUCCAUCGUGCGUUUGUGAAAGCGUCUGGAGGCAAAGAGCAGUUUCCAUUUCUCUUGGAUCCAAACACCGGCGUGUCAAUGUACGAGAGCUCCGAUAUUGUCAACUACUUGUUCCAGGAAUAUGGUGAGAGAAGAAGGCCAACAUUCGGGAUUUUAGAAAGCACUUUAGUCACUGGCUGGGUUCCGACGAUAAUACGAGCAGGGCGAGGCAUGUCACUGUGGAAUGGAGCAUUGCCAGAUCCUCCACAGAAGCUCCUUGAGCUCUACUCAUACGAGAACAACCAGUUUGCAAGGCUCGUAAGAGAAGCCCUGUGCGAGCUGGAACUUCCUUACAUCCUCUGGAACACGGGCAAAGGGUCACUUAAUUGCUCCAAGCUCAAGCAAAUCUCGGGUUCAACACAGGUUCCAUAUCUGGUUGAUCCCAACACCGGCAUACAAAUGGCAGAGUCUCUUGACAUAAUCCGCUAUCUCUUCGCUAACUAUAAUUCGAAGUGAUGUUGAUGCAGAGUUUCCUUGGAUUGAUCAGCUAUCAUCGUGUUUGGUACUAAUAGUGUAUCGAGCUUUACUCCCAAGAACAGCGUAGGAAAUGGCAGUUGCUACCAUCAGCAAACGGAGGUACCAGCUAAACAGCAGUGUUCCCACAACUAUGGACUGGUUGGCUUUCUAGAACGUACGAAGGAGUGUACUAGAGAGAGAAAGAGUUUAGGGCAGGCAUUCCUUUUGUACCCCAUUUUCAAGAAAUGAGGCAUUUGGUGCAUCACCUGGUCGCUUUUCUGCUACCGCCGGGAACGAGCUCAAGGUUGGGAGGAAGAGAGGAAAUUCUGCUUCGCAUGCAUCCAGGAUGUCACGAAGUGCCCUGGGGGGAGGGUGUGAUGUCCUGGACUGAGAAAACCCAAAACGAUGGCUGGGACAGCAGUGCUUGGGCAGAAUUCGAGAGCUUUGGAUGCGCACACAGUGGCUAUCAUCCCUGGACACAUUGAUGAAAGGAAAGUGUUAGGUCUUUCUUUCUUGACUUCUCGACUCACUGACCAAACUUUUUGUGACGAGGUUUGAAGUUCUGGAGAGCAAGGACGAGCUUGAUCUCAUUGGACAACAACCACCAGAACCGCUGCGGCAGUUUAACCAGCGCUUUCAGUCUUAUAUUCGUAAAUUCGUCCUGUGUGGCGACUUGAUACGGCUGUGCAUCACUUUGCCAAGUUCCAGCCUUCUUGGAUUGGUCCUUAUCAGGUACUUUCUCGUGCUGGCACUAAUUCGUAUUGGCUAGCAGAGUUGACGGGCAGGAAACCACCGAAGCCAAUCAAUGGAGUUGAUCUCAAACGGUAUUUCUUUUGACUGGUACAGUUCACGUUUCGUUUCUAUUCUUUUAAUGCUGUGAGUGUCUUUGCGAGAA